GAUAGAGAGAGAGAGAGAGAGAGAGAGAGAGAGAGAGAGAGAGAGAUCUCGGGACGGAGUGUAUGAAGCUGACUGUUAAGUUUAGGCUCUCUUCGGCCCGUAAAGUCAGUCCACGUUAGCUAACGAUGAGCACGUCCGAGUCCUUGGACCGAAUGGAACUCUGUGAAAGCCUUUUAACAUGGAUCCAGACAUUUGGAGUAGAGGCUCCAUGCAAGACAGUAGAAGACUUGACCAGCGGUGUCGUCAUGGCCCAAGCUCUGCAGAAAAUAGAUAUAGUGUAUUUCAAUGAUGCGUGGAUUAGUAGAAUCAAGCCAGAGGUUGGGGACAACUGGAGGUUAAAGGUCAGCAAUCUAAAGAAGAUCUUAAAAGGCAUCCUAGACUAUAAUCAGGAGAUCUUAGGCCAGCACAUUAAUGACUUCACACUACCAGAUGUUAAUCUUAUUGGAGAACACUCUGACGCAGCAGAACUUGGGAGGAUGUUGCAACUUUUGUUGGGCUGCGCCGUCAACUGUGAACAGAAACAAGAAUACAUCCAAACCAUCAUGAUGAUGGAGGAGUCGGUGCAGCACGUUGUCAUGACAGCCAUCCAAGAGCUGAUGAGCAAAGAGACUCCGGUCACGGGAGGAAAUGAUUCAUACGUGGAUCUAGACAGACAGCUGAAGAAGACCGUUGAGGACCUGAAUGAUGCUUUGGCUACCAAGGAAGAGAUCUCCCAGAGGUGUCGUGAGCUUGACAUGCAGGUGGCAGCCCUUCAAGAGGAGAAGAGCAGCUUGCUAGCAGAAAACCAGGUCCUGAUGGAGAGACUUAACCAGUCUGACUCCAUAGAGGACAUAAACAGUCCUGCUGGACGCAGACAUCUCCAGCUGCAGACACAACUGGAGCAACUACAGGAAGAAACUUUCAGGCUGGAGGCCGCAAAAGAUGACUAUCGGAUCCGUUGUGAAGAGCUUGAAAAAGAACUUUUGGAUGUGAAGUCCCAGAAUGAAGAGCUUACCUCAUUGGCUGAUGAAGCCCAGACACUAAAGGAUGAGAUGGAUGUCCUCAGGCAUUCCUCAGACAAAGUGUCAAAACUGGAGGGCACAGUUGAACACUACAAGAAGAAGCUGGAGGACAUGGGGCUUCUCAGGAGACAGAAUAAGCUUUUGGAAGAGAAGAACACCGUGUUAAUGGAGACCAACGUCAGUUUAGAGGAAGAGCUCCGAAAGGCGAACGCAACCAAGGGUCAGCUGGAGACUUACAAGAGACAGGUAGUGGAACUUCAGAACAGACUGUCAGAAGAGUCCAAAAAGGCUGACAAGAUGGAGUUUGAGUAUAAGCGGGUCAAAGAGAAAGUGGAUUCUCUACAAAAAGAAAAAGAUCGUAUGCGGACCGAAAGAGACUCACUCAAGGAGACCAUCGAGGAACUACAUUGCGUCCAAGCUCAAGAGGGACAGCUUACAUCAGGUUUGUUUCCAAUGGUCAGCAACGAUGGCACUGAUUCGCUGGCUGCAGAGAUCACUACCCCAGAGAUCCGAGAACAUUUGAUUCGUCUUCAGCAUGAGAACAAGAUGCUGAAGUUGGCCCAGGAGGGAUCAGACAAUGAGAAGAUUGCCCUGUUGCAAAGUCUGCUGGAGGAUGCCAACAGAAGAAAGAACGAACUGGAGACGGAGAACAGGUUAAUCAAUCAGCGCUUGAUGGAGGAACAGAGCCAGGUAGAGGAGCUACAGAAGAAUCUUCAAGAACAAGGUUCUAUAGCAGAUGACUCUUCCAUUCUGAAGAAGAAAUAUGAGGAGCACAUGGAAAAACUACGAGAACUGAACAACGAGUUGUUAAAGAAAAACGCUGUCAUCGACGAAAUGGAACCUAAAUACACCGCCAGCUCCCAACGAGUGGAUGAGCUGGAAGAGGCGUUGAAGAAAAAAGAUGAAGACAUGAAACAGAUGGAGGAAAGAUACAAGAAAUACCUUGAAAAAGCCAAGAGUGUGAUCCGGACGCUGGACCCCAAGCAGAACCAGGGUUCUGGUCCAGAGGUCCAGGCCCUGAAAAACCAGCUGCAGGAGAAGGAGAGGAUGUUACACUCACUGGAGAAAGAAAUGGACAAGACAAAGAGCCAGAGAGACCACGAGGAGAAACUGAUUGUGUCAGCCUGGUACAAUAUGGGCAUGUCCAUGCAGAAGAAGGCGGCUGAAGACCGACUCGCCAACACUGGCUCUGGUCAGUCCUUCCUGGCCCGGCAGAGACAAGCAACCAGCACACGCCGCUCCUACCCAGGCCACGUCCAGCCAGCUACCGCAAGGUAGAUGGCAGUAGGCACGAAAUAUCGCGACAAACUACCUUACAAAUCCCCUUGAACUGUCAUCUGUGGGCCUAUUUUGAGGCGCAUGAUUUCCAUUCAUUUCUAAUGGAAGUUCUUGUUUUCCUACGUUCUGCCUAUUGAUUUCCCUUUUUUUUUGUCUCGAUCAGAUCCAUGCGGUAGAGAUGCCAGUCAAGCCUCUCCAAAUCUUUCACCACUAUUUUUCCUGACUAAGCAUACUUUACCUUGACUCCUGUGAUGCAAGGCUUCUACCUUUUUCAAACCUCAGCACAUUUGAUAGGGUCUGACUAAAUCACUCCAAACAUCCUCCCUCUCAACCUUCCUGAACCUGUACUCUGUGGCAAGCGUUUGCCACGCAGGUAAUCUGGACCCCGGAGUUCAGAAGAAUCACACCUUCAUGACGCGUUACUGUCAUUUUUUUGAUACGAGGAACCGCUCUACCUGUUCAUGCAGUAUUUAUGCACAUCUCUACCUGUGAUAACGUUCAGUUCGGUUCUUGACUGGAGUUGGCCGAUUGUCUGUCCUCUUGUCAUCUGCUCUAACUCUUCAGGCGUGAAAACCGUUUCCAUUUACAUGUGUCGAAGUUUAAAUUUGAUUACAUCUGACUUUAAAUGAAUCUUAUACAAAAAACAUAGGACAUUGUAUUAUCACAUGUAAAUGUUUGAUUUGUUGCUAUAUGAGUGAUCUAAAUGAAUGAUUUUUACUGGGACUACGUGUUUUGAAAAUGUUGGCUGGUGACGGAGCAGCAAUAAUUUAGAGUUUAGUUUGGUUUCCCAGGUAAUGUCUUCAGAUUUUCUUUCAGAAGGUGCAAUCCAUCAUGAGAUAGAUUUUCAAGCUUUCAUUUGUGCAGUCGCACAUAAUGGUGUACAGUGUUUUUUCUCUCUUAAAGAACAGAGUCGCCAUCAAGCAAAACCGCUUGGUUUUAACUUUACCAGCAUUGCAAAGUUGUGUCAGACAACACCCUAUGUGCCAUAGUCUUAGAUUUAAAUGUCCUACCACAGUAAUCAGUCAAUAACUACACCCCUGCGAUACUACAGACUCCCCCUUCCCAUCGCAUAACUUAGCCAUGAGCUUUUUGCCAAGAUGUAGAUCCUGUGUGGUUGAAAGAAAUUUUCUUUGAAGAUUGUCUUUAACACCACGAAGUUGACAAUAAGAUGGCGUUUAUUCAAUGCUGCACAUUCAUGCGGACUUACUUUUUCCUCUAAAUUUGAACUUGCUAGCAUAGUAUAAGAAGGGUGUUCUGAUAAGCGUUACACAGGAUCGCCUUGACGUUUAAAACCUCGAAUAGAUCUGCUUGCCUCAGCUCAUUCAUUAUUCGUGUCAUUCCCUUUACGCUGUCUUUGUUUAAGGCAUGUCACGAACUGUGUGUUAUUAACCUUGAAAUUAACAUUUCUCUCUGUUAAAACGAGGGACAGAUUGUUGGUUCUUCGGCUCACGAGCCCCGCCAUCUGACCGCCACUUCUCUUUCUCCUCCCUCAACAGCAAUGUCACUGCAUGACCUGCACACCCGUGACCUUCCCGGGCCUCGUGUGGCCUGGCCUUUUCUGUGGCCCGUACUGACCCCUGGCCGGGCUAGGCUGAGGCACGCAAUGCAUGAACCUACCUGCCUGCGUACUGUUUGCAUGACCUUGCAUUGACUCGAAGCCUGCGAAUAACCAGCAGCAUGAGCACUAACAAGCCUCUGCAGCGUCAUGCAAUAUAACCUCCAGUCAAGCCGAAGGAGGAGUGGGUACGGAAGAGAUAACCCUCACCUUCCUUUCUCCAAUUAAUUUCUUCUCCACCCUUCCUGCUCCUUUCCCCUCGUCCUUAAACUGUUUGGUAUCGUCUCCGUCUCCUCUUCUCCCUCCCUCCCUUUUACUCGUCAUGGAUAUGCCUGCUUGUGCUUCCACACUGCGUCAAGUCUGUUACAGUUCAGCCUGUGUUACAAACACCCGGGAAGGGAGAAUGAACGAAUAUUACAGUAUUGUUUGUCAAUCCACCAGUUGAUUUCCUCGCGCACAAGCGUGCGCGACCUAACGUUGUCUGGCUGUUUCAGGAUACCUCAAUGACAAAUUUCCACAUGCAGUGUCUGUUUUAGUUACAUGGUUUGGAGGAAUGAGGUAAUAUUUGAGAGGUGUAGCCUGAAAAUCGGUCCGCGUAACAAAAAGGAGUCCCCCUCCCCUUUAAGCUUCUACAGUAAGUAUUUAUGUCUAACUUCUCCUCAACUUGCUAGGUUGCAUCAUAGAACUGCUUUUACCUCAAGUAUUGAACUGAGCAAGUGUUGGGCUAACAGAGCGCUUAUGGGGCUACACUGUGGUGCCCCGUAGGUCUAUGGACAGAUUGCAAUAGGAGCACAAGAUGGUAAAAUAAGUGUUUUUAAGGAAUAGCAAUGUUACAGGUUUUAUACAGGAUAAAAGCCCCCAUUAAGCCUGCUUUCCAUUUCUCCUCAGCGUAGGGUCUACUUCUUGAUCAAAUACACAUUUAAUACAAAUGUAUGCAGUCUUUUUUAAUGUCGACCAUAUUGUCUGUGUUAUUUGAGCAAAUAACAUGUGGUCUGCAAACCAAAUGCUCCGUGUGUUUUGUCAUAAGGUUAAUAGUCAAAAAAUGAAUGGUAAUUCUGAUCAGACAACCAAAUAAAAAAAAAAGAAUAUAAGUAACGGCGCAGUACGUCAGCCCACGCAGGUUAAUGUAUUGUCUAUUCAUUUAUACUGAAAGGACUAAUCAUUUGAUAAAUGUGUAAAGGGAAAAAGUUGCAAUAAUCUAAACCGAUCCUGUUGCCCACGAACCAUUCGCACAGCUUUUUCGCGUUACAGUGUCAGUGUUUUGUUAACAGGGUUUUACAAUUUUUGGCAUUAACUGACUCCUUUAACGUGCAGUGUUACCCAAGGGGCAGAUUCUAAGCAUCAGUCAUAGGGAAACUUUAACCUCGCUGUAAGUCAUAUGUAUAUUUUAUGUCAGUUUUUUUAAAUAAAUGUCUUAUUUAAAUUGUAUUUCCUAAGCCUGUUUAAGUUAUGUUGGCAAAAGGCAGGGAGAAGGAUGAAAAACACACUUGGACCUGAGGAUAUGCAUAUUACAGACAUAAAUGCAUACAUAUAUUAAAGUGAGAGAGAUGAUUGAAUCCUCCAGUUUAGUGCCUUUGUUGAAAAUAUGUAAAAACCCUCUCUAGUCUUUUUGCGAUUAAAGGCAGGCUGUUGUUUGCUUUAAAUUGAUCUACAUGGUAGAUUUCUUGAUUCAAAAAAAAUUACAUGGGCUUAAUGAGGGCUUUUCCUCUCAAUUUUUAACCUAUUUUACUUACUGUUAAUUGUGUAAUCUUAGUUUAACCCAUGCCGUGCAUUUUUAUCCUAAUGGCUUAUUUAUUCUUUUGCCGCUUGUAUAGUAGUGUUAACAUUUUUUUUUUUUAUUAGUAUUAUUAUAUCCCCACUUAUACUGUUACAUUGGAUGUGAUGUUUCCAGACACAUCAAAAUACAGUUAAAUAAAUGUCUUAUGCAACAAAAGGAGGAGAGAAGGUUUGUAUUAGUGGAGCGAGACAGGUCAAGUCAAGUGCAAGGUUACAUUUACCUCCAUUUAUUCAGCAGGAGGAGAAUCACUGUGCUAAGAAAUGGCCGUGAACGUUUUUUAAACUAAAAAGCACAUUUUACACAUUUAAGUCUCAGUGAAUGGUUGGUGAAUUUACCCUGACUCUACAAAUGAUAUUUUCUAAUGUUUAGAGCCGGCAACAAAACUCUGGACCAGAAUAAAUUUCUUUACCAAGUAGUGAAAUAACAUCGGUUGUAUAACUUCAGUAAUUCAGCAAAGUUAAGAGUUGGUGGCAUGUCUCGUCCAGGUCCAUGUGAUUCAGAAUUUCAUCACCGCUAUCCAUUAAAAUUGACAGUACAUAGAAUUAAUUUAACCGUCCGUCCCCAUGCCAUGCUUUGGUAAGAAAUCUGUAUAUAAUGGAACAUAUACACAUUGUGGUUGACCUGUUGAAAAGUAUAUCAGGGAUGUGGGGAAAGAUUUUUGUUUUUAAUACUUAAGACCAUAUAGUUUUGGUCCCUGUUACCACCAUCAAAUCACCCACUGUGGUUUUAUUUGUCUGUCUACAUCCUUUAGUUUCACCUGAUUUCAGAAUUUGGGGCCUUUUUUUUUUUUUUUUUAAGACCUUAUCAGUACCAAUUUGUAGUCAAUAAAAAAGGAAAUACAAUAUUGAAGUAUAAAUCCCUCCUCCUUAUUUAUGUUUUCAGAUCAAAAGUCUGAAUGAGAAUUGCAGUAACCCUUAUAAAACUGGCAUAAUGUUGUGUAUGUCUUUACAUGCCUAAGCUACACUGACUACCCAGUGUUCCCUAGUGUUACUUGACAGCUACCCACUCAUCGUGGCAGUCGAAAUGUAUUUGAUCAAAUAAACAUCACUAAGCUGUUAACAGGUCAGAAUCAUAAUGCGUGCAGUGUUUGCUGUAUUUUUUUUUUUUUUUUUACUCAUUGGAAAAAAUGUUUCUUUACAUAUUGACGUAGCAAAUAGCCUUCCAUUUGCCAAGUUUUAUAUUGCUUGUAUACAGCCACACUGUACAUACAGUAUGUACCAGUGGGAUAGGAAGUGUCUGAAUAUUUUGAGAAUGAGAACAUAAAGGUCGUGUCUAGUUAGGUGGAUUUCAUAUAGCAUCUGUCCAAUGAGGACUUACUGAUGAACAUGUGCUUCCUACACUGUAAAACUUGGAAAUUACAUUGUAAAUAAAGCUUGUAUAAAACAGG